AGUUCAAAGUAUCAGAAGAGAGAAAAGGGAGAGGACAGGAAUCACAACAGAUUCGGAACGCCGGCAGGUCCCUCUCAGAGGCACUCAUCAGCCGAAAACGAGACUUCUAUCUUGAGGACUUCUACCUGCAGACUAAUCCACCUGAGCCCCAUUGUGAACUUCGUCAGCCGUAACCAUGACGACAGAUGAGCCAACAAACGAGCCGCGGCAUCGGAACUCCAAAGCUUGUCAAUCAGAUGAAGCCUCCAGUCACGUUGGGAACCAAGAACACAAGCAGGAGGAAGAUCUGAGGCAAUGGCACAAAUCUAUACAGAAGCUAAAGAUGAAAGUCUUGAAGCAGGUCCAGGAUCAGCUGGAGGAAAUUCUCGAAAAAGCUCUGUGUGAGUCCAUGGAGCCCCCCUCCCACCUUAAGUCAAUGUUAAAUGGAAAAACAAGCAAAAAUCAAUCAUCCAGAUCUCAGAGGAUGGAUGGUGGGAAAGUGUUCAUGGAACGGCCUUCUCUGUUGGAUGAGCUGUUUGAGAUCAGCCACAUCAGGACCAUCUACCACAUGUUCAUCGCUGUUCUCCUCAUCUUCUGUUUGAGCACGCUGGCUGUGGAUUACAUCGACCAGGGCAGGUUGGUCUUGGAGUUUGACCUGCUGUCCUACUCCUUUGGGAAUCUGGGGACUGUCACUAUUGCCUGGGUUAUUAUGUUUGUGUACACCCUGUUUGUUCCCUACUACGCCCUGGAGCUUUGGAGUUCUUUAUAUCACCAAAUUCCCUGGAAACUGGCUCUGUCCCUGGGUACGGGGUUCAUCCUGUGUGUCAUUCAGACCUGCGUUCUGGGACUGUACCCAAUCCACACCAUCGUGCAUCACCAGCUUCCACCGGCCUCUCGCUUCAUCGUGAUUCUGGAGCAGAUUCGAUUCAUGAUGAAAACCUACUCAUUCAUUAGAGAAACGGCUCCAGUCAUUAUAAAGAACACACCAAAGAAAGGGGGAAAUCUCAGGUUUCCUACAUUUUCCAGCUAUCUGUACUUCCUUUUCUGUCCAACACUUAUCUACCGGGAAUCGUACCCUCGAAACAACCAGAUCCGAUGGAAAUAUGUUGCCAUUACCCUUGGCAAGAUUCUGGCAUGCCUGUUUUAUGGUUACUUCAUCCUGGUCCGUCUCUGCAUUCCUGUCUUCAGACCUGAGACCAAUCAGCCUUUCAGUAAACGAACGAUGGUUCUAGCCGUGUUCCACUCCAUAUUACCAGGAAUAAUGCUCCUCCUGCUGUGUUUCUUCGCUUUCCUGCACUGCUGGCUGAACCUCUUCGGGGAGCUGCUUCGUUUCGCUGACAGGAUGUUCUACAAGGACUGGUGGAACUCCACAUCUUUUGCUAACUACUACCGGACCUGGAACGUGGUGGUUCAUGACUGGCUGUAUUACUACGGCUACAGAGACUUCCUCUGGCUGUCCAACAGGAGAUUCAGAGCAGCAGCCAUGCUCUCCGUAUUCAUCGUUUCUGCCGUUGUGCAUGAGUACGCCUUGGCCAUGGGCUUCGGCUUCUUCUACCCUGUCAUGUUUCUCCUCUUUGCGGUCUUUGGAGUGGCAUUCAACUUCACCAUGAAUGACAAACGCCAGAGCCCCGUGUUCAACGUCAUCAUGUGGGCGUGUCUUUUCCUCGGUCAGGGCGUCCAGGUGUGUCUGUACUGCCAGGAGUGGUACGCCCAGAUCCACUGCCCCCGCACCGGGCAGGAUGGAUUCUGGGAGUUGGUGAUGCCUCGAUCUUGGUCCUGCAGCUACCAGACAUGAUGUCACGUUGGACUGAUUAUACGGGAGUACUGAGUAGGAUGACAAUAAUACAUGCAAACAGGUGCUGCCAGCAAGUAUUUUUGCACCAUCAAGUAGUUUUCUGUUUUAUUGUAUUUUUCCAGGAUAACUCUGUUUUUAUUUGCACGAAUAGACUUAGAUGCAUUUUUUGUUACUUGUAAACAGUAAAACCUUGUUUUGAAAAUUGUUUUAGUGGUCAGAAAGAAACAGAACAUUGUCAGAGACUAAGGGUGAAAAGUUGGUGUACUGCUUCUGUACAGGCUAAAACUACUUUUAAAGUGCUGGUAGUUUUUGUAAUAGACAUGCAUAGAGCCAGACCAGCUCCUCGUUGACUUAUAAUCUACAGAAUAAUUUAUCAUAGACUCAAAGAACUAUUUGUUUCAUGCUAAACGUUGUUUAAUGCAUAAAUUACAUUCAUAUUGAAUGUAAUCCUUGAAAUUUUGUUAAAUACGGUAAUUGUUGUGAGCACCCGAGAGCAAUUGUCCUUGUGACAAAAUGUCUCAUUGCAGUUUUAUUUCUACUGUUUUUAUAUUAAAAGUGUUUUCAAAAUCUGCACAAAUCAUUUUAUUUGCCCACAUGUUAUGUAUA